AUGCGAGCCGUUCUACCUGGGAAACCACCAGCGAAGCCCCAAGCUCUAUGCACAGCUCACUGGGAUGGUCUUCGAGUCAUUACAUAUAUCAGCGGCAGGGCUCUUAUCAUUCUAGGCGAUGCGCAGAAGAUUCUCCAGACCAUUUACAUUGACGAUGCGGCAUCUCUCGAGGCGGUGACAAUAGACGAAAGGUCAGGCAAGAUUGCUGUCUGUGACAACAUCCAUAUCUUUAUCUACAGGCCCGUGGGCAAAGAGGAGGGUGUGCUCAGAUGGUCCCAGCAAUCCGAGUCCCAAGGUGAAGAGCGCCAAAUUUCAGCUUUAUCAUGGGGCUCUCCAGAUGAGCUCCUGGUUGGCGGUUCGAUUUUGACACUCUGGCAUUUCCCUGAUCGCGAAAAACCAUUCUCGCCGUGGACCCAGAAAUUGGCCAAUCCAAUCCAGCAUGUGCAAUUCUCUCCAGAUGCUAGCCUUAUUGCAUCUAUCGGAUAUCAUGAUAGGCUAGUGAAGAUAUGGAGGAGACGAGCAUUUGGGUCGGACGAUACGCGAUUUGACGUAUCAUACCUACGGCAUCCCAGCACCGUUACUGACAUACAUUGGCGCAAACCCUGGCACGUCGAGCAGAACGUUGAAGACCUACUAUAUACCUUUUGUUCGGACAACAAGAUCCGAGUAUGGACCGCCACGGACAACCAUGCGCUGUCCGUGCUCCAGCAAUGGGGAGAAAUAGAUAUGAAUAUAUCGAUUCAGCCACGUCAAGGUUCGUUGAUGGCCCUUACUGACAGACGCUAUGCCUUCGUGAUCGACAGUCGGGACUUUUCUGCGGCUGCUGAACGUGCUGUGCAGAGUUCUCACGCUGAAACUCACGAAAACCAUGCUCUCGAGCACUUGAUUGAGAUCGCUAAUCGAAGUCCAGAGAUCUGUGUCGUGCUCGAUGGGCACGGUCGGAUGUCAGCUUGGGGCCUAGAAAAUGCUGGUAGCAAGAAUCACCGACCAGCUAAUGUGUUCAACAUCGCUCAUGUGGAGGGCUUGAAUAUCUCCUUCGGGCAACAGAGCAACUCUGACGAAGACUAUGCACGAUUUUAUACAUUUGCUGGGACCACAUCAGAUACAUCUUUGACUGUCCUGGUACACUACUAUGACGGGAGAAUCAACUGGUUCGAUACGCAGGUUACGGAGCUCUUUGAUCCUUCUCAGCGACAAUACCGGGUCCGUUUCAAAGCGACCUGGUCUGGACAUGAUGGACCGGUGAAAAAGAUUAUCCGUAGUCUCAGUGGUACCACCAUCAUGUCCCGCACGGAUGAGAAUCACGCAGUUGUGUGGAAGCAGACAAUUUCAAAACUUGGCCCUCGGCUGAUCCGCCAGAGCUCUUUACUAUCAGAUGAGCACAUCCACCGAAGCUGUGUGCUCGACAAUGGAAAGUUGCUAGUCAACCUCCAUCAUGAUGCGAUAUCAUUAUGGGACACACAAAGCUAUUCCGCGAAGAGGCUCAUGAUGUGUCACUUCUCUGUCUCCAGCAAGCCUUUGUGUGUCUUGCAGAUACCCACACCGGCUGGCACAUCGUCAGGCAUAUACGUUGCUACGAUUUGCGCUGACAUGAAGGGCAUAGUCUGGAAGCUGGUCCCACAAGUCAAAGGCGUGCCAGGCGCCGACCGAGCCAAUGGAGAUAGCUCUGUUAUGGAGGAAUUCUGCGACUUUGCCGUCGACCUUCCCGAGCCUCUAUCCUACGUCUUGCCAGUGGACCCCGCAGGCUCUCUCGCUACCGCUUCGGAUUUCCUGGACAUAUUUGCCACCGACAUCGCCCUAGCGUAUUCUGUUUCAGGAACGCUGAGAAUGAUGACUGCUCGCAUUGAUGAGAGAGGUCGACGCAUUGACUGGCUCAUGACUUCAACAGUAGAGACUGGGAUUCCUCAUAUUUCGCUUGCCAGUGGUAGCUCGAUCAGAAAAGCUGCCGUCAUUGACCAAUCACGUACCAGGUUAACGAUCUGGGACACCACCGGUUCGCAAUUGGAAUACGACCAACGCUUUUCGGAGACGGAUGUUAUUCAAGAUCUCGAUUGGACUUCGACCCCUGAUAACCAAUCAGUAUUGGCUGUUGGCUUUCCUCAUCGAGUGAUUCUCCUGUCCCAGCUUCGGUAUGACUAUCUUGAUGCCAAACCUGCAUGGGCAGCAAUACAUGAAGUCCUUAUCCGCGGCCUUACGCCACAUCCCAUUGGCGAUUCUUGCUGGCUUGGAGGUGGUAAUCUGGCUGUUGGUGCAGGCAACCAGAUACUUCUUUUUGAUCGGGACGUCGAAAUCAGUGAUCAAUUUGUCUCCGAAUUCAGACUUCCUCGGAGGCAGUCGGCUACCCUAGACUUGUUUCAGGUUGUUCGACGACUGAACGGGCCACUACCUGUGUUUCAUCCCCAGUUUCUUGGUCAAUGUAUUCUUGGUGGGAAAACUGCUCUCGUGCACAAAAUAAUGACCACCUUGUUGCACAAGCUGAAAUUCGAGCGGGACGAGAUCGAUAGCUUCCUGGAUUUGCCACUGCAGAUCCUUUCGGAGGAAGACCAAUUCAUGGCUGGCGGUGCUUCCAAGGAGAUGCAUUCCUCCUUUGCUGACUUCUCGAUUGAGGAAGACCCCCAAGUUGUUGACGAGAAUGUUGCUGCAUCUUUAACAGAGAAUCUAGUCAAAGUCACUCUGCCGCAGAUUUCCCACCAUGAACAAUUUUACUUGGCCGAUAUUGUCGAAUGUGUUGCAGCUGUGGAGAAACAUCGAAGAUCGAUGGACGAGAAUGCUGCUAGAUUCCUCUUGUUCUUCCGCCAACAUAUGCUGCGAAGAGGUCGUUCGCCGGAUGCCUUACUCGGCGUCUCCUGGCGCGAGAUCACAUGGGCCUUUUAUAGCGGUAGUCAGGAUAUCUUGAUUGAUCUCGUUUCUCGUUCCUUCCACGGAAAGAUGCUGUGGGAGCAUGCCCGAGAAAGUGGUAUGUUCAUGUGGAUCACGGACAGCACUGCUCUAAGGGCUCAGUUGGAGGUCAUCGCACGAAACGAAUACACUAAGACAUACGAGAAAUCACCCGUAAACUGCAGUCUGUACUAUCUAGCAUUAGGCAAGAAGGCAGUAUUACAAGGCUUGUGGAGAAUGGCGUCGUGGAAUCGUGAGCAGGCCUCUACCGUGAGGUUAUUGGCCAACAACUUCAAUGAACCUCGAUGGAAGACGGCCGCAUUAAAGAAUGCGUACGCUCUGCUUGGAAAGCAUCGCUUCGAAUACGCAGCUGCAUUCUUCUUGCUUGCUGGUGCUCUGCAGGACGCGGUCAAUGUCUGUGUGCAUCAGUUGGACGACAUACAGCUUGCUGUGACCAUCGCCCGCGUCUAUGAAGGUGAAGAUGGCCCUGUUCUGCAAGAGUUGAUUGAGGACAGAAUUUUACCGCAUGCAGCUGAGAGCGGCAAUAGAUGGAUGGCCACGUGGGCUUUCUGGAUGUUGAAGAAACGCGACAGAGCUGUGAGGGCACUUAUCUCGCCAAUACAUAGUUUACUCGACGGUUCGCCGUCAUCGCCAGACUCACCUGAUCACAACAUACCACUUCGGGCCAAAAGCUACCUGUCCAAUGACCCAGCCCUGGUUGUACUUUACCGACAGCUUCGAGAAAAGACUGUUUUAACCUUGAGGGGAGCGACAAUGAUACGACCUCGCGAGGAGUGGGACUUCAUCCUCCGCAAUGCUCGUCUGUACUCACGCAUGGGUUGUGAUCUGCUGGCCCUGGACCUGGUGCGCAACUGGGAAUUUCUACGGGCCGCACCUACGCCAGUGAAGAGACUAAGCAUGGCUUCAUCUAGGACCAAUGAUCCUCGGCAGCUCUUGCGACGCAGGAGUAGUCUGGUGGUUGAUGAUCUGCCUCAAUUGACCAGUCCGCGAUCGACUGUUCCACCCAGUCCAGAAAUCAAAGAAGACACGUUCGGCAAGGCUACAACUGGGGCGAAGAAGCCGCCUCCCACUGUGUUCGAAGAGCCGGACGCGAGUUCCUUGCUAGACAAUUUUGGCUUCUAA